ACAACGCAUAGCAGUGUGGAAAGUGCAAUAGAAAAACGUCUCGGUGGAUCGAGGAAAAAUCGAACAAUUUGCAUGCUGGAUGGUUUUUCGUGUACGUACAUCGUGGCCGCGUGUUCCCGUUCCCGUCCAGCGGUCAUAAUCCAUUCGAAGCGCAACGGGUUGCGAUGAGUUUACCGGGACGAAAGCAACGUUGAGUCGAAAGCGUGUGCAGCGUGUGUAUCGAUCAUCGCGGCGCGUUCAGCCGGCAAAAUUGUAGACGGGCUGACCAGCAGCGAUUAUUUUGCACCUUACGGCCACACAUUCCACACAGCAUUGCUGCGCUAGCAGAGUGAUUUUGAGCCCAUAAUCCAUUGUACAACGGUAACAGAACCAAGGACAUCCGUGCGAGUGCAGCCGAGGGGUUUUCUCUAGUCAAUACAGCGGUCAGGCAGCCGAACGAGGGUGUCGAUUGUGAAGCACGAUUUCCUAAUUAACUCCCCGCGAACUCAACGUGCUGCGUGCUACUAGCUUACCAUGAGUGACGCCUACCUGACCAAGGAGCAUCUGGCUGGAUUCGAUAAUUAUAAGUACAAUGCUAAAGACACUUCGCCACUCAGUAUUUAUGUUAUGCAUCCUUUUUGGAAUUGGCUCGUCGAGUACUUCCCAAAAUGGAUAGCACCGAACCUGAUGACGUUUGCCGGUUUCCUGUUCACUGUAGUCAACUUUGUGAUGCUCUCGUGGUACGAUUGGGGGUUCUGGGCGAGCACGGAGUUGGAAAACACGACACCGGUCCCAAACUGGUUCUGGGCACUGGCCGCUGUAAACAUAUUUCUCGCCUACACGCUGGAUGGUAUCGAUGGUAAGCAAGCACGAAGGAUUAAGCUGUCCGGUCCUCUUGGCGAGUUAUUCGAUCAUGGGCUCGAUUCGUACUCGGCGUUUUUCAUUCCGGCCUGCCUGUACAGCAUAUUUGGACGUGGUCCCACGUCGGUGCCACCAAUACGCAUGUACUACAUCAUGUGGACGAUAUUCUUCAGCUUUUAUCUAUCACACUGGGAAAAGUACAAUACAGGUGUGCUGUACCUACCCUGGGGAUACGAUCUGGGCAUGUGGGGUUCCGUCUUGAUGUACCUAGCCACGUGGAUGUUCGGCUAUCAGUUAUGGAAAGUGGCACUGCCGUGGGGUCUUUCCGCUGGGCAGCUGAUGGAACUAUGCCUUCACAUUAGCGCUAUGUCCAACCUACCGAUGGUGGUGUACAAUAUGUACCGAUCGUAUAAAGAUCGUACCGGAAAAAUGCGUACGAUGAAGGAAGCGAUGCGGCCACUCUUUACGUACGGUAGCUUCAUGUUCGUCUGUUUGCUGUGGGUGUUUGUGUCGCCUAGCGACAUAAUGAAUCAUGAUCCGCGGGCCGUCUACAUUAUGACGGGUACAAUUUUUAGUAACAUUAGUUGCCGGUUAAUUGUAUCACAAAUGUCCAAUACGACAGCAGAAACGUUCAACUGGAUGACGGGCGUUUUAUGUGGGGCCGUCGUCAUGAGUCUUACUAUGCCAUUGCUCGAACGACCGAUAUUGUAUUUGCUCGUGAUCGGUUCUUCCCUAGGUCAUUGGCACUAUGGAUCCGGUGUGGUCCAACAAAUGUGCGCACACUUUAAUCGACGCUGCUUUAUGGUAACAAAACCGGAAGAAUCCAAAGAAUAGGAAAUACUAAGGUUGUAUGCUGUUUAGUUUCCAGAGUCCGCCAGAGGAACGUCAAUUGUGGAUACACCUAAAGUUCGCAGAUGAAUUGUUUUAUUGAGCCAGUUGUUUUCGGGACUGAACCCCGAAACACGAUCGGUUUUGUUUACUUCGUUUAGUUGUUGAUUGCACCAUGCCUUUAUGGUGAGGCAACUCUAAUCUGUCCUAUAUGUUAACAGAGAACACCACAAUGAGUUUGAACCAAAUACGCUUUUAAUUAAUAUUUCAUGCUUGAUGUGAAAGUAGCUAGAACGCCAUCACGACGAAAAUGCUUUAACAAUCGAACGAUGCAUAAUAGGAUGUGUGCAGUGGUUCGAUUAGGCUAUUUUUAUGGAAUUGUAACGCCUGAGAAGGUAAUCCAUUGGAACUUAGUAUUUUAUUUUGAUGCUAUAAUGAAGUUUUAGAGGGAGAGAGUCCUUUGAAUCAAUCAGUACUCAUUGGCCAAACGGUCAAUACCAUAUCGAAUGGUGAAAAGAGCAGGAGUAGUGGCGAAAAAGCGGCAUCUUAAGGUACCAUGUUAUAUCAUGAUGGUAUUUAUCUCCCAUCUACAUACCUCACAAUUAACUACUUACACAUAAACUGUAACGGACGUUAAACACAUACCACUUACUGUGCUAUUAGUACUUUACCGAAUGUCUCGACAUCACACGCAUUAGCCACUGACCCCGGAACUGGUGACUCCAUAAAUAUAAGCAUAAUACACAUCCAAAGAAGUAAUUUAAUGUCUAACCUCCGCUUCGCUCUUCCUUAUGCAAACUCCGUUUCGUCCUUUGUAUUUGACAGUACUAACUACAUUUUAAAUUAUGCUAAUCGGUAACUACAAUGCAUUUCUCUGUACAUAGCACUCGUUGUAAGAAACUAUUAUAUUAACAAAUUAAAAUCAACAUGACGUGUGUGUCUGUACCACGGCCGUGCAGGUGUUUCCUGUCGUGAAUGCUACUUAUAUCGCCUAUAUCGCGACGAAUCAAACAACGGAGGUGCUGCGUCAUGAUUUACCGUGAUGUUCGUGUUCGGUUUACAAUCAUAUAUGCACCGCUAAUGCAGAAUGAUUACCGUAAUUUUGUGCCGUGACAUAUUUGUAUAGAGUAUUUUGCAUCAUAGACGCGAUUUUUGCAUUUUAUAAUCGUGACAACUCAUUCAGGAAGACAGUAAGGAAUACAUUGAUGAAAAUGUAGCCAGGCAGGAUUGGAUUGGAAUAGUUCCGCAGGGUGGUAGUUUGUUACAGGCAGACAUAAGAAACAGAUUGCGGCGGUGCCUGGAUGCAGCAACCCAUUAGCGACAGAGUAACCACGAUCUCGUUGUACACAUGUUAACAGUUUCCAGAAGGAAAAAUAACGACAAUAACGAGUAGACAGAAAGAGUUUCUAUCGUGUGGUACGCGUUAGAUUGAAACAAUUCAUGCCCCCAAAGUCUCUUGUUAUGUUGAUAUUACAGUUUAAGUAAUCAAUUCCGCGUUUGUUAGCAAGCCAUAAAGAUAGUUCGGUUCUCCUGUAUGUACCUCCGUGCGGUGGUAACGGUUAAGGAUUCGUGAAUUGAAAUGAAAAUAUAGCGAUGCAUGAAACCAAAUAAGUAAGAGAUCACGAUUUUUCAAUGGCUGUAUGUUAUUAGCAUUACACACCUUCGUUUAUGUUGCACCAUAAACAUAUGUCCCCUUUUUUCUCUCUAUCACAGUGCCAUAUCAUAUCCCUUGUUUCUAAUGAAGCGAAUUCAUCACGUAAUAAUAUCCAUUUCGAAAGCCUUUUUAAUUGAAAUUGUAUGAUAUGUGUGCACGGUGUCGUGUGAAAUUCUAAACGUAAUUUAUUAACUACUUUUACUUAACAUCUUAGUGUAAGUUUUUGUAAGCUUCCUUGUACGAACAAAUGAGACACCUUGGAGAGUUGGGGAAAUAUGAUCUGCAGGUGUAUAAAUUUCCAAUGUUAUGAAAAUGGAAUGGAUUAAGCAAAGCAUUGCAUACAAUGAUGUACGCUAAACUUUAAUAACGUAAAUCGAUAUUCAAGCGUGCAAAAGGGACAAAUCAACACAACAAUGCCAGCUUUUUUGCUACUAACAGAAAGUAAAAAUAACGAGAACGCUACCAAACAUAGAGAUAUGUGCAAUGGAGUUAUUGAUUUUUGGUAAAGACAAAUACUUCAACAUCAGCUCGAUUAUACGCAGAACGCAAAGGGAGAGUACAUCAGGUGGCUUCAAAGUAAAUCACGAAUUGUAUUCCAGCUGGCUUUGUUAAGGUGCUAUUGCCUACCCAUGUAAGAUUCAAACAGUUUUUGUAUCAGUUCUGUAUGUUUGUUGUUCCAAAUGUCCGAUAUUGAAAGUCAAUAAAAGUCAGUAA